AUUUAACGAUUAGUAAAACAGUAAAAAGUUAUUACCUGUAGCUGGUAGUGAAAGUCCUCAAAAAUGCUUUUUAUAUUUUAAAGAAUGCAAAAGAUACGAGAACUUGAAGCGUAUUUCUGACAAAAAUACACCAUAUAGUACAAAUGCUAUUCGUUUUGUGUGCAUAUCAGACACUCAUGGUAAACACAGCGAAAUACCGGACCUUCCUGAAGGCGAUAUUUUGAUACAUUCAGGAGAUUUUAGUAUGUUGAGCCAUAAGAAUGAGUUAGAAAGUUUUAACAAUUAUUUAGGAACCUUAACAAACAAGUUUAAGCAUAUAAUUGUAAUUGCAGGCAACCAUGACAUAUCUUUUGAUGAUAAAAAAUGGAAUAGUUCUAGUAUAGUCUUAUCUGUUGCAAAAACAUAUUAUUUAGGUUCACCAUUUGCUAAAAUGUUGAGUCCUAAAGAUUCAAAAAGUAUUUUAACUAAUUGUCAUUAUUUACAAGAUGAUUUUAUCAUUAUUGAUAGAAUAAAAAUUUAUGGGUCACCUUGGCAACCUCCUCAUUUUGAUUUAGCAUUUAAUUUAACACGUGGAAGCAACAUAAUGGAAAAAUGGAAUAAUAUUCCAUCUGAUACUGACAUUUUAAUUACUCAUGGACCACCACUUGGCAUUGGAGAUGAAAUAAGUAAUUGUUAUCAUGUUGGGUGUGCAGAUUUGUUAGUCACUGUACAAGACAGAGUUAAACCAAAGUUUCAUAUAUUUGGACAUAUUCAUGAAAGCCAUGGUAUGUGGAGUGAUGGAACUACAACUUUUGUUAAUGCAACAAUUUGUGAUAAAAAAUAUGAACCAGUUCAAUCUCCUAUAGUCUUUGACUAUUAUUGCAAUAAAUAACAAUUUAUUUUAUUAUUUGCAUUGUGCAUGGAAACUAAUUAUUAAACAUUUAAAAUAUGCUUAAACUAUGCUUGCAAAAUAUGCUCUGCAUAAAUAUGCGAGGGGAGGUCUAGUUAUUUAUUGAUGUUUAACCUUUCUGUGUUUAUACUCAUUUAAUUUAAAUCAGGUUACUAUCUGCUAUCUAAACCAGAUACUAUUGAUAAUUAUACUAUUUCUUUUUAUAUAAACCAGAUAACUGUUUAUUUUAUUUUUUUACCUAA